AGCCAAGAUCCCAGAGGGGUUUUGGGUUGGUGUGAGUGAAAGAAGAGGCCCGGGUAAUGGAAGCUUGAGGAAGUGACCUCACUUCCUUGGUGACAGACCCUAACAGAACUUAGCACACUGGUCUCCAGGCGCCCACAUUCUAGACAUAGCCUCCUAUUGAGCUCACUUGAGUAGAGACACUCAAGAGAGCAGGAUGCUCUGCUGUUGUCUCCCGACUUGUCGAGGCUGUGGCUUCAGGAAAGCCAAGAAACAGAGACUUUUCAGUUGCUACACACAUUGGCUUGGCCCUCACCUGCACCACCUCUGGCCAUUUGGCAGGAGGAUCCCUCAGAGCUGCACGCAGGAGGUGGUCAAAGAUCUGGCAAAUGGCUUCGGGUACUCCAUCUCCCUGGACAGGGGCCAACUGCACCGCACCAUCAUAAAUAACCAGGGCUGCUCUGAGAGUGAAGAUGAGUCCACUCUGUCUGUAACUGAGGCCUGCAGGAUGCGUGCCCUCCAGGCAGGCAUGAUGCAGAGGCUCUCAGAGUCUGUGCUGCCAGCCUUCCCCAGCAGAGUCCUCUGCAGUGUCAUCACCUCCCUCUACAGCUACUCAGGCUCCAGCACUUCCCACCAGGUCCUGGACCAGCUGUUUCCCAGGUCCCAUCUACCCUCCAUCCCGGGUGAUGCCCUCAUCCCCUUUGGGACACAUGGAGGCAGCUUGGCCCAUUGCGUGCGGGAUGCUGGAGGACAGGACCACCUCCCAAACCUCCCCGCAGUGCUAUCUAUUUCCUGCUGGGAACCUGGCUGGGCCAAGGGCAGGAUUGCAGGGAGCCCCUGCGGUUUCCAUGCUGGACCCUGCAGCUGGCCACUCUGCACGUCAGCUUUGGUGGCUCCCACGUGGAGGGCCAUGCCUACCUUCUGCCAGGCCACCUGGAGCAUCUCAAGGCCAUUGAGGCCGAAUGGAAAGGAGCUGUUCAAGACGUUGGUGCCCGCCCACUGCCUCGGCUCCAUCUGGUCUGAGUGCGACAACAGGGAACGCGAGUCCCUGGCACCCACCGUCCGUGACACUGUGAUGCACUACAACACCGUGGCCAAUUGCAUCCUCGUCACCUGCCUUGGGGAUGCGAGCAUGACAGCACAGGACAGGGCCAGGGUGGUUGAGCUGUGGAUCAGGGUGGCUGAGGAGUGCCGAGGCCUCGGGAACUUCUGUUCCCUCCACACAAUCCUUUCUGCCCUGCAGAGCCAUGCCAUUGCCUGUCUCCAAGACACCUGGGGACAAGUUUCCAGGUGGGUAGUGGGUAGUCUGCUCUCCAGCCAAGCACCAUGAGGGUGAGGUGGCCCAGGCAACCUCAUUUGGGCCGGCAUGUCCCACAAAGUCAGCUGAGACCACCUGGGAGACAGAGAACACCAGGCACAGGGACUGACCUGGGUGCUGGGUCUCUGAGUCUCUCAGUGCCCUUAGGCCAGCAGUUCCAUCCCAGGGAUCCAUUUCCUUCCAGACAAGAUCCUGGCUUGAGCCCAGGUGGAGAUUGUCAGGUGUUUCCUUUGCAGCAACAGAAGCCUCUAUGCAGCUGAAACCAACACUGUUCCAAGGAGAUCUGUUUGGGACAUCUGGGAAUGGAGGUCCCAAGGGACAAGAGGAGAGGCCCCUCCACAGUCCCAUGGGGACCUUAGAGCUCAGAGCACCCCAGCGAAAUCCCUCAUCCAGGCCCCAGGCAGUUUGGAUCUGCUGGGUUCUCAAACAAAUGGGACUUGCCUUCAAGCAUCCCACAGUUUUUCUUUCUUUCUUUCUUUCUCUUUCUUUCUUUCUUUCUUUCUUUCUUUCUUUCUUUCUUCC